AUGUCAUUUGCAUCAAAUGGUAUAAGUAUAAUGAUAGGAGAAAAUAAUGGUGUAGCUAUUAGGAUUGCAAAAAACAAUCCAUAUAUUUUCAUUACUUAUUGUAUUGCACAUAGAUUAUCAUUAGCAUUUGAAAGUGCUUAUAAACAAGCUAUAAAGAAUUUACGUAUAAUUCUUGACCUAUUGUUAGAUAUAUUAAUUUCAACUGCUGCAGAAAUUACAAAUACACAAAAGAGAGAUUUAAUUAUAACACUUUAUGAUGAGUUAUAUGCAACAAUUAAUGCAACAAUUCAAAAAAUACAAUAUGAAUACUUGGAGCAAAAUGAUGAGGGAAAUUUAAAUUUAGAAUUUAAUUUAAAACAAUUUAUUCAACAAAUUCCACAACCUCUCCAUCAUUUAUAA